AUGAUUGCUCUUGGGUCCUCAAUUGGCACUGGUCUUUGGCUGGGAAGCGGAACAGCAUUAAAACAUGGUGGCCCCGCCGCCAUUUUCAUCGCGUAUCUUCUUGCUUCAUCUAUCGUGUGGUCGGUGAUGCAUUCGAUUGGAGAGAUGGCAGUCCUAUAUCCGCUUCCAUCGGCCUUUACCCAAUGGACGGGUAAGUUCGUGGGUCGCGCCGCAGCUCUAGCACUGGGAUGGAGUUAUGUUUUCGGUCACUUUAUCACAAUGGCGAAUGAGAUCUCGGCAACCUCAACUGUUAUUUCGUUUUGGACCAGGCCAGUUAGAAUUUUCGGAGAGGUUGAAGUAGUGUUGUCCAUAAUUAAAUUUGGCUGGAUGAUUGUCGUUAUCAUUUCUUUCCUUGGUAGAGACACGUUUCCUCCUUUGCCAGGUCUGAUAACUAAUAACUCGUCUUUAGUCAUAACUGCUGGCGGAGCGCCAGCUGGAUCACCAAUUGGCUUCAGGUACUGGGGAGAGACUGGUGGCUUUUUAAAUGGGUUCAAGGGUUUUUUGAAUACGAUCCCAACUUGCAUUUUCGCAAUGGCUGGAUCAGAAGCUUCGGCCUUGGUCGCUGGCGAGGCAGCCAAUCCACGCAAAGCUAUUCCACGCGCAGUGGUAUCAGUCUGGAUUAGGCUUUCUCUUUUUUACCUUCUUGGAUCGGUAAUGGUGACUCUGACAGUCUCGCCAUUCAAUCCCAACCUUUACGGGGGUGUUGGUGUCAACGCAUCCCCCUUUGUUAUUGCCUAUCGCGAUGCGAAACUCGAUGUGUUGGCUCAUUUUACGAACGCAAUAAUUUUGAUCUCCGUCCUGUCUACGGGGAGUAUCCAGGCUUAUGCUGGAGCCCGUACCCUGCUGGGACUGUCAGAGCUGGGUAUGGCACCAGCUAUCUUCUCGAAAGCUGAUAAAUCUGGGCGCCCUUGGGCAGGACUCAUUCCAUCCCUCUUAUUUGGAGGAGCCCUGGCUUUUCUCAACGUCGAUAACAGCGGGGCGACCGUGUUUACUUGGUUUUCUCACCUCACGUCCUUAGUGACUCUUUUUGGAUGGAGCAUGAUCUUUUUAUCACACCUUCGGAUGCGUUAUGCUUGGAAGGCACAAGGGCGCAGCGCUUGUGAACUCCCAUGGAAAUCCCGGGUGUUCCCAUGGUCAGCAUGCUGGGGUCUCUUCUGGUGUGUGCUUAUUGUGAUCAUCGAGUUCUACCUCGCGGUUUGGCCCCUUGGGGCACCUAGUUCGGCGAAGAAUUUCUUCACGAAUUACUUAUCUGUCAUUGUGUCAGUUGCCAUAUUCCUUCUUGGCAGAAUUGUGUACCGUGGGCGCUGGUGGCCGAAGGCUUCAGAUAUUGACCUGGACGACGGACGGCGUUUCUACCACCAUGUUGACCAGGAGUCGCCCGCGAGAAAGGGGUUACUUGCAAGAGUGGCAGCGUAUGUACUCUCCUAG